AUGUGUGAGUUUGUCAAGACUAAGUUACUUCCAAGUGGUAACUCCAUUCCUGAUGUGGGGCUGGGUGUGUACCAAAGCGCACCUGGUUCUGAGACGUACCAAGCUGUGCUUGCUGCCCUUAAGCUUGGCUACCGUCACAUUGACACAGCCACUGUAUAUCGAAAUGAAAAAGACUGGAGGGGCACCACACGCUCUGAAGCAUGGAGAGCCCUGGAGGAUAUGCAAAUUGAGGGUCUCGUGCGCGAUGUCGGCGUAUCUAACUUCGGCGAGCUGCAUUUGAGAAAGCUGGCAAAAACGUGGCGUUUAAAGCCUGCAGUGAAUCAAAUAGAGCUGCACCCCUGGUUGGCUCGUGCGGACACAGUCAAGUACUGUGAGGAGCAGGGAAUUUUAUUGGAGGCAUACUCACCCUUGGCUCGUGCUAAAAAAAUGCAUGACCAGACCCUCCAAAAAAUCGCGAAUGAAGUGAGUGCUACACCGGCACAAGUUCUAAUUGCUUGGACUUUGUCGAAGGGUUUUGUGACUUUGCCUAAAUCGGUCGACGAGUCGAGAAUUAAAGAAAAUCUGGAGGCCGCCAAGUUGAUUCUUACGACAGAACAGAUGGAAACGCUUAACGGUUUGGACACAUACUUUGUUACAGCGUGGGAUCCAAUCAAGGACCACGCAGUUUAA